AGGCGAUAGACAAUGUGCCCAACUUGUUGCUAUUAUCAGCUCGGAGAGAGCGCUUUUGUGCUGUGUACAAGGAGGAUAUCCCAGAUCGGAGCCGAUGGUUUUAGGGCCAAGACAACGGAGAUGCUAGCGGCUUGGCAAAGAAUUGGAGUGGAACAAGGAUGGAAGCUGCAGCACUUUGAUCUCCAAUUGGUUAGAGCUCCCUGCUACCCAGACACCAUUUUGAGCCUCAAAACAUCAAGUGAAGACAAAAUGGGUUUCUUCCGCAAGACCAAAGAUAUCAUCACCCUUUUCCACAAGGCUAGCUCGCCAGGCUCGAAACGAGUGGCUGCUUUGCUCAAGCAAGUCCAGGUCGAGGCAGCUGAAAAGGAUCUGAGGCCUGAGUUUGAUCUCGAGGUCACUGAGCAGCCUCCUACUCUCGAUCAAGUCAAGACCAUUCUCGACUAUGUCGGCCAACCCGGCAUUUCCUCGGUUAUCAAGGGCGCCACCAGUGAGAAUGAGGCACUUCAGAAGUUCAAGCAGAGCGCUGACAGCUUCCAAAAACCUUUGGUUGUCGACUGGGCCAAUGGCAAGGCUCACGUAGGAGAAAACGAGUCUGAGAUCCUGAAGAUGCUCAACGCUCUCCCCAAGAAAUAGAGUGGCAUCUUGCCAAGCCCCUUUCUAUUUCUCUUUUUGUUUUGAUAUCAAAGAAUCAUCUUCUCCCUUCCCUGUAUGUUAGCGAAGGAUACUGGUACUGUUGGGCAUGUACAUGAUGAAUUAGUGCUGUGUUCUCUUUAAGACCUCGUGUUGUUGUUGUUCAUAUGCAAAGUUGUUUUUUCAUGUGACAGGUAGAGAGAGUAUGGCCUCAGCACAGUGUAUUGAGGAGGAAAAGUUAAAUGUCUAUUGUAAAGGCACCACCAAAGGUCGACAAUGGAGCGCGGAAGAAGUGAAUAGGGGUGCUUGGGUGAAGAGGUAGGCGGGGCAACGCUCCUGGGUUGCUUCUGGCAGAGUCCCUCAUUCAAGUCGAGCUCACCAACAAGAGUCGAGAUUUCUACGACAGGAUUUGGUAUUGCCUGCAUCACCUGAGAGACAAUUCACUUACUC